AUGGCGACCCCGCCUCCUGAGGCUCCUCCCACAAUGAAGGAGGACAAGCCUCAGCUUCCUCCGUCCCCGACCGGUCCUUCCGCUCCGGACAUCCCAGAGACCAGCCAAGCUACCACUGAGCCCAAAACCGAAAGCUCUGGUGAGGCUGAAGUGAAAUCCCCCGCGUUGAACGGUCACAGCGCCACAGCGCCCUCAGGCAUCAACGGCACCACCACCGCAAAUACCGCAACCACCGCAACCACCACAAACUCCCCUCCAAAGUCUCCUGCGCCUGCACCAGCUUUACCCACCCAAGCAAUCCAAGAGACAUCGGAAGCUGCUGUGGCACAGGAACCAGCUAAAGUGAACCAAGAAUCUCCCACUCCUGCACCUCAGACCACUGAGAGCGCAACUGAAGCUCCACCCCCAGCUCCAACUCCCGCUCCGGUCUCAGCUGCCACUGAGAUUCCUACCGCUCCAGCGUCUGCCGAGAGCUCUACACCCGCUCCCGCUCCUGCUCCUGCUCCAGUUUCAACUUCCACUGCUCCUCCAACUCACACUCCCACCACAUCCGCUGGUCCUGAUACCGACGCAAUGGCUAUCGAUACCCAAGAUAGCUCUGCGGCAGUGAGGACCGAACUUCCCCACCACCCGACCACUGCCCCCACACCACUUUCUUUGCAACCCGUUGAUCAAGAAAUGAAGGAUGCUCCAGAACCCCCACUUUCACCUUCCAAGGUCUCACGGCAACGAGAUGCUGAUCUCAGCGAAGAACCGGCUGCCAAGCGGACGAAGGUUGAGGGCGAUGACUCUGCUCCCGCGGUAUUCAAACCUCAGGAAGCUUCGACUCCGGGUCACCCAAAGCCCUCUCCAGCUCGCACAAGCAAUGGGCCGGGCCUGACCAAGCUGCAACACAAAUUCAUUUCCAAAUCCCUGAGUAGUCUCAAGCGGAUGCACGAUGCGCGUUUCUACAAGGAGCCCGUCGACCCCAUCAAGCUAAACAUUCCGCAAUACCACACUAUUAUCACCAAGCCCAUGGAUCUUGGAACCAUGGAACGGAAGUUGAAGACUAACCAAUAUGGUUCUCCUCAAGAGGUCUCUGAUGACUUCGCUCUCAUGGUCAACAACACAACUAUCUUCAAUGGUGUGGACCACCUGGUCACUCAAGAGGGUAUCAAAUUGAAGGCCACCUUCGAAAAACAGAUGCUCAGUCUUCCCAAAGCAUCGGACGUGGAACCAUCAAAGCCGAAAAAGUCAGCCGAGAAAACCUCAGCUGCCCGUCGAGAGCCCCGAACUUCCCUCCCAAGCCAGCCAAAGGCAGCUUCUCCACAGAACCAGACCUUUGCAUUGGGACCGGAGGGAGUCCCAGUCAUUCGUCGCGAUUCGACAAACCUGGAUGGUCGGCCAAAGCGAUCUAUCCAUCCCCCUAAGCGUGACCUGCCAUAUUCAGUCAAGCCGAAGAAGAAGAAGUACCAAUGGGAGCUGCGGUUCUGCCAGGAAGUGCUGGAAGAGAUGCACAAGAACAAACACUACAACUUCGUCAUGCCCUUUUAUUUCCCUGUUGACCCCAUCGCUUUGAACAUCCCCACCUAUCACAAGGUGAUCAAAGAGCCGAUGGAUUUGUCUACAGUUCAGUCCAAAAUCAAGACUGGCCAAUAUGAGAAUGCCAAGGAGUUCGAAUCAGACGUUCGCAUGAUCUUUAAGAACUGCUUCCGGUUCAACAUUCCCGGUGACCCAACCUACAUCUGUGGGCAACGCUCAGAGGAGAUUUUCAAUCAGAAAUGGGCCCAAAAAGCGGAUUAUCUCGAGGCCCACGAGCCUCACCCCGAGCAGAACUCUGAUUACUCUGACGAGGACAGUGACGAGGAUGCCGAAGAAAGUGAAGCUGAAGAUGAUCAGAAGCUCACCCUGCUCCAGAAGCAGAUUGCCGAGAUGUCCCGCCAGGUCGAGGCCAUCACCAACAAGAAGAAGAAGACUCCUCCCUCGUCCAAGAAGGUCGGCAAGACAAAGCCAGCCCCAACCAAGAAGAUUAGCUCUGUCAAGAAAGACAAGAAGAGCAAGAGCUCCAAGAGCGGCAAGGAACGUGCUAUCACUUAUAACGAGAAGCAGAUCAUCUCGAACGGCAUCAGUAGCCUUCCAGACAAGAAGAUGCAGCAAGCUCUUCAGAUCAUCCAGAGCAAUGUCCCCCAAUUGAAGGGCACCGACGAAGCCGAGAUCGAGCUGGACAUUGAUGAGCUUCCCAACGACGUUUUGCUGCUGUUGCUCAACUUCGUGAAAAAGAAUGUCCCUCACCUCAUGGAUGACGAGGAAGAUGCCCCCACUAGUAGCGUUGCCCCUCCCAAGCCAAAGAAAAACAAGCCGAUGAGCAAGUUUGAGCAGGAGGCACAGAUCAACAUGCUCCAAAGCAACCUUUCCCGCUUCCAGGGUGGUGCCCACUCCCCAGAGCCCGUGGCUUCAGUCGAACGGAAUGAUAGCAGUGACGAGUCGGAUUCAUCCGAGGAGGAGAGCGAGGAGGAGUAA